AUGUCUUCUUCUGCCGGAGAAGUCACAAUAGCGAAUGACAUCAAGAGGGAAAAUGUGAAGGAGCUGGAUGAGCGGGAGUGCAUCAAGUUUGUGGCGCUGGACGCGGCGGAGUUGUCCAUGGAGCGCCCGGCUCCCCAUGCGGACGCGGUGCGCACGGAGCUGCUGGUGAACGCCGCCUCCUCCCUGGCGUUCUCCCCGGAGCAAGUGGCGUGCGUGUGCGAGGCUCUGCAGCAGGGGGGCAAUGUGGACCGGCUGGCCAGGUUCCUGUGGUCCCUGCCCCAGAGCGACCUGCUCCGCGGCAACGAGAGCAUCCUGAAGGCGCAAGCCCUGGUCGCUUUCCACCAGGCGCGCUACCAGGAGCUGUACAGCGUCCUGGAGAACCACAGCUUCAGCACGUCCAACCACACCUUCCUGCAGGAGCUAUGGUACAAGGCCCGGUACACCGAGGCGGAGAAGGCGCGGGGGAGACCCCUUGGCGCCGUGGACAAGUACCGGAUCCGGAGAAAGUACCCUCUGCCCAGGACUAUCUGGGACGGCGAGGAGACGGUGUAUUGUUUCAAGGAGAGGUCUCGGAACGCGCUGAAGGAUCUGUACACUCAGAAUAGGUACCCGUCUCCUGCCGAGAAGCGGAACCUCGCCAAGAUCACAGGACUCUCCUUGACCCAGGUCAGCAACUGGUUCAAGAACCGGAGGCAGAGAGACAGAAACCCGUCCGAGGCACAGUCCAAGAGUGAAUCUGAUGGAAACCACAGCACAGAGGACGAGUCUAGUAAAGGCCAGGACGAGAUGUCACCCCGGCCCCUCUCCAACUCCUCAGAUGGGGUCAUCCACCAUGGGAUUCAAACUGGGCAUCUGGACGGUGGGGUGGUCAUCCAGCAGAUCGGGGACAUCAAGAUGCCCGGCAGUGGCGGCCUCUACAAUGGAAGCCUAGUGACCAGUAACACCUCGUCUUCCGUCUUCCACAAUGGCGGCUCGUCUUACCUCCACACGCCCGGGAACAUCCUCUUCAACGGGCUCAACUUGGGCAUACAGCCCCUGGCCUUCAACCCUCUGAGGCCGUCGGGAGGGGUGUUGCUGGGCAGCUCUGGGGUGGACAUGCAGAUGCACACGGGGCAGGAGAAGGGACUGGGCAGCUCUGCAGAGGACUCCAACCUGCACUACGCCUCCUACUCCGGGUGUGUGAACGGAGCCGACGUGAAGCUGGAGGGGGCUCACCCCAUGGCCGCCCAGAACGGGGGCUCCUCCGUGCUGACGUUCAGCUCCUCGUCAGGUGCGCUGCAGCUGGGCGGCUACAGUCUGGUGCACGUACCGAGCGGAGUGUCUGACAGUGAUGGCAGCUCAUUACUCAACAGUGAUGUGGGUCUUCCUCCCCUGCAGCUCUCCUCAGCCUCCUCGGCCUCAACGAUACCACAACAAGGAACCAUACCUCUGGACAACGUAGCAGUGAGUUCCUCCAGCGACGACUCGUUCCAGCAGCAGGACAAGAUGACCAUGUCGUCUCUGCACCACAGCACCGUCCUCUACAGCAUGAGCAACGCCGGCCAGACGUCCAUCAAGAAGGAGCCUUUGGAGGGCGGCGUCUACUCCUCCUACCACCAUGGGCUUCACCUGGACCACAGUGGUCAGAUCAGCUACACCACCCCCAACUCUGAAGAGGUCCCCUCCAGCCAGGGCUCCACCCGAACCAACGGCGUCCCCACUAUCACCUCCUCCAGCCCCGAACCGGAGGUCUACACCACCCUCACCAUCAGCACGCCCCUGAUGGCCCAAACGGACACGGGAAGCCACCACCUCCAUCCGACAGAGUACCUAGGGGUCCACGAGAUCCGGGGGCAUCCACCCUCGCACCUGAUGGGCCCCGGCAUGAACAGCAACUACAUGAACCUGUCGGAGAACAAGGUGGACGGCUCGGGAGGCAUGAAUGAGAUGGUGCGGGCGAUGUGCGGGGAGAUGGAGGCUGUGGAAGGGAAGGAGCUGGCCAAACUACAGACAGUGCAGAUGGACGAGGACAUGGCCGACCUUUAA